AUGGAAUGCACAUAUCAUCCAGCAGUUUGCCAAUUUGGACAGAUUGUUCGUCGAAUUCGAAAUUCCGCGCACACCCAUACUCACAGCAACUCAAGCCGCCUUCCUCAAUCACGUACCUGCCGGACGCCAGUCCUCACUUCGCCGCUCCCCGCCGUCUACCACCGGCAAUUUUUUACCUCCAUCUUUCGGACUUCUCUCAAUCCACCGCCUCUCUCUCUUUCUCUCUCUCAUUGUAGAUUCCAGGAUUUUGAAUAACCUCGAAUCGAUUUAUCAACCACUUCGUUUCUUAGAGCAAAUUUCAGCGAAUGGACUUAAGUGUUUGAUUGAAGAUUUGGAGAGUGUUAAAGUUGCCGUCCAACAAUUUUGAAAGGAUUUCGGUGACUUUUUGGGAGAUGGGGGGCGAAAAUGACUUGAAAACAUGGGUUUCGGAUCAGUUAAUGUCAUUGCUUGGUUUUUCUCAGCCAACGAUCGUGCAGUAUAUGAUUGGACUAUCCAAACAAGCAACAUCACCUGCCGAUGUUGUGAACAAGUUGGUGAUAGAUUUUUCCUUGCCAUCUUCUGGUGAAACACUGGCUUUUGCUGAAGGAAUUUUCUCCAGAGUGCCACGCAAGCAAUCAUCUGGUUUAAAUCUUUAUCAGAAGCAAGAGAGAGAAGCAGCAAUGUUGGCAAGAAAGCAAACAACAUAUGCACUACUUGAUGCUGAUGACGAAGAUGAUGUUGAAGAUAAAGGACGCAGCAGUGAUCUCAAAGAAACAGAAAACCGAAAGAAACAUUUUAGAAGGAAAAAUGAAUAUCAAGAAGAUGAAGAUGAUGAAAAGGAAAGUGCUCUUGAAAGAGAAAAUAGACAGGUUAAACGACGGCAACGGGCAUCCAGUUCUGAAGAUGAAAGCUCUGAGUCGGAGGAGGAGCGAUUACGAGAUCAAAGAGAGAGGGAGCAAUUAGAGCGAAAUAUAAGGGAAAGGGAUGCUGCAGGAACCAAGAAGUUAACAGAGCAAAAAUUGAGCAGGAAGGAGGAAGAAGAGGCAAUUCGGAGAUCAGAAGCUUUGGAGAAUGAUGGAAUUGAUACUUUGAGGAAAGUUUCAAGACAGGAGUAUUUAAAGAAAAGGGAGGAGAAGAAACUGGAAGAAAUCAGAGAUGAUAUAGAAGAUGAGCAAUAUCUUUUUGAAGGUGUGAAGCUUACUGAUGCAGAAUAUCGGGAGCUAAAGUAUAAGAAGGAAAUAUAUGAGCUUGUGAAGAAGCGGACAGACGAGGCUGAUGACAUCAAUGAGUACAGGAUGCCUGAAGCUUAUGAUCAGGAAGGGGGUGUUAAUCAGGAUAAGAGGUUUGCGGUGGCUAUGCAGCGGUAUAGGGAUUCAGGUGCUGCUGAUAAAAUGAACCCGUUUGCAGAACAAGAGGCAUGGGAGGAACACCAAAUAGGGAAAGCAACGAUGAAAUUUGGUUCGAAAAACAAAAAGCAAUCAUCAGAUGACUAUCAGUUUGUAUUUGAGGAUCAGAUUGAGUUUAUUAAGGCAUCAGUUAUGGAAGGUGAUGAGUUUGUUGAUGAGCGUCAGACUGAAUCACUUGAGAAGUCCAAGGCUCAGUCAGCUCUGGAGAAGCUGCAGGAGGAGAGGAAAACACUGCCAAUCUAUCCAUAUCGUGAUCAGUUACUUCAAGCUGUCAACGAUUAUCAGGUUCUUGUGAUUGUUGGUGAAACUGGCUCUGGGAAGACCACACAGAUACCUCAAUAUCUUCAUGAAGCUGGGUACACAAAGCGAGGAAAAGUUGGAUGCACACAACCACGUCGAGUUGCUGCUAUGAGCAUUGCUGCUCGAGUAUCUCAAGAACUGGGUGUCAAGCUUGGGCAUGAGGUUGGUUAUUCAAUACGUUUUGAGGACUGUACGUCAGAUAAGACUGUUUUAAAGUACAUGACAGAUGGGAUGUUGUUACGAGAAUUCCUUGGUGAACCUGACCUUGCAAGCUACAGUGUCGUAAUGGUGGAUGAGGCUCAUGAAAGAACAUUAUCAACUGAUGUUCUAUUUGGAUUAGUGAAGGACAUUGCUAGGUUUCGACCUGAUUUAAAGUUGCUAAUUUCAAGUGCAACACUUGAUGCUGAGAAGUUCAGUGAUUACUUUGAUUCGGCUCCAAUAUUUAAAAUUCCUGGUAGACGUUAUCCGGUAGAAAUUAACUUCACAAAAGCUCCAGAAGCAGACUAUUUAGAUGCAGCAAUCGUGACUGCACUUCAGAUCCAUGUCACAAAGCCUCCAGGAGAUAUAUUGGUGUUUCUCACUGGUCAAGAAGAGAUUGAAGCGGCUGAGGAAAUAAUGAAACAUAGAACUCGGGGACUGGGCACCAAAAUUGCAGAACUCAUUAUAUGCCCCAUAUAUGCUAACUUACCAACAGAGCUACAGGCUAAGAUAUUUGAACCCACACCCGAUGGAGCAAGGAAAGUUGUUCUAGCAACUAAUAUAGCAGAGACAUCCUUGACGAUUGAUGGGAUAAAAUAUGUCAUUGAUCCUGGUUUUUCAAAAAUAAAGUCCUAUAACCCAAGGACUGGGAUGGAGGCGUUGCAAGUGAGUCCUAUCUCUAAAGCAUCGGCAAAUCAGAGAGCAGGUCGUUCUGGACGAACAGGCCCUGGGAUGUGCUUUCGUUUGUAUACUGCUUAUAGUUAUUAUAAUGAGAUGGAAGACAAUACAGUACCCGAAAUACAAAGAACAAACCUUGCUAAUGUGGUGCUUACACUUAAGAGCCUUGGUAUUCAUGAUUUGGUAAAUUUUGAUUUUAUGGACCAGCCUCCAUCUGAAGCAUUGCUAAAAGCUUUGGAACUGCUUUAUGCUCUUGGUGCUCUAAAUAAACUUGGUGAAUUAACUAAGUUGGGUAGGCGGAUGGCAGAGUUUCCUCUUGACCCCAUGCUUUCUAAGAUGAUGGUUGCGUCUGAAAAAUUCAAGUGUUCAGAUGAGAUUAUUUCUAUUGCAGCUAUGCUUUCUAUUGGAAAUUCUAUUUUUUACCGUCCUAAGGAUAAACAAGUUCAUGCAGACAAUGCUCGGAUGAAUUUUCACACUGGGAAUGUGGGGGAUCACAUUGCACUAUUGAAGGUCUACAACUCAUGGAGGGAAACUAAUUACUCUACGCAAUGGUGCUACGAGAACUACAUCCAGGUUAGAAGUAUGAAACGUGCCAGAGAUAUCAGAGAUCAACUUGAAGGGCUUUUGGAAAGAGUUGAAAUCGAAUUAACUUCAAAUUUGAAUGACUUAGAUGCGAUAAAGAAGACUAUAAUAUCUGGAUAUUUCCCUCACUCUGCUAAGUUGCAAAAGAAUGGCUCUUAUCGGACUGUUAAACAUCCGCAGACGGUUCAUAUACAUCCCAGCUCAGGGUUGGCUCAGGUUCUUCCAAGAUGGGUUGUAUACCAUGAAUUGGUAUGUACCUCAAAAGAGUACAUGAGACAGGUAACGGAGUUGAAGCCUGAAUGGUUGGUUGAAAUUGCUCCACACUUCUAUCAGCUCAAGGAUGUUGAAGAUUUGAGUUCAAAGAAGAUGCCUCGCGGACAAGGUCGUGCCAGUGCUCCUGGAGAAGCAGGAAGUUAAAGGAAGUUAGAACGACUCAGUUGGUUGCCUUCGGUGCUGACAAAGUAGAUAUGCGAUUAUCCGACACGAUAUCAACUAGAGCUGCAUGUUUCAAACAAAAUCUCUAUGAAUCACCUCCACCUCAAGAUGCUUUACUUACUAACCUAAUCUGUAUGUAUCGUCUGUACAUGUCUAAACUUUAACAUUACAAUUAGAGAUUGUACAUUAAAAAUAGGAACUUAGGCAAUUUUUGUAAGGUAUCUAAUGGAAGCUUUAGAAGAGGAAGUCAUCACUAUUAGUUUGUUUUACGCAAUGAAUUCUUUGUCGAUAAUAUCUAUCAAAGGGCUAUUUGGCCAGAGCGUAGACCUAUUUUGUGAAGAACUCGAAUUUUGAACUUAGACACUUCUCACUGUUUCGUCAAAUUGUAUUUCAUAGUAAAAUAAAAGUUGCAAUUUUGUCAAAA